CGACGAACCGCGACACCACGGCUACCACCACACUUGUCUCCUUUCUUCGGUCGUUUCUUACCGAGUCGCCAUGUUCCGGACUGCUCCUCGAUUAAUUGCCCCCCGAGGUCUCCCUCAGGGCGCCCUGCGCAUCCCACGCGCCACCACCUCGCUCCCCGCCCGUCGAUUCAUCAGCACAGCGCCCCCCGCGCAAAAGCGCCGGAGCUGGAAGAGCCUGGUAGCGCGCCUCGGACUCGCGGGCGCGAUAAUAUACUACUACAACACCACCGACGUCUUCGGCGACGACCCGCGACGCCUCGCACCCGUGCAUGCCCGCUCGUCGACGGAGGAAACCGAGCCUGGCAGCUUGCCCACCAUCGAGUCCAUUGCCGCCGAGCGCGCCCAGCGCAGAGCCGUACAGCAGCACCUCGAGCUGCAGCGCGAGAAGGAAGCGGCGCGGCAGCAGGAGCAGCCGCAGCGAUCCGGCGACGAUGGCGCGGCGCAGGACGGCGGUGCUCCCGCAGGCGGCGUGGAGGGCCUCGAGGCCGAGGCCGACCAGCAGGGUGCUUUCAACCCCGAGACGGGCGAGAUCAACUGGGACUGUCCGUGUCUGGGCGGCAUGGCGACGGGGCCGUGCGGCGACGAGUUCAAGGCUGCAUUUAGCUGCUUUGUGUUCAGCAAGGAGGAGCCCAAGGGCGUGGAUUGCAUUGAGAAGUUCAAGGACAUGCAGGGCUGCUUCCGCCAGUACCCCGAGAUCUACGGCAGCGAAAUCGACAACGACGACGACGACGAUGACGACAUGACCGCCGACGCCGCCGCCGACGUUGCCGUCCCCUCGUCCACAUCCCCCGAGCCCGCGCUGUCCGGCGAGACCAACACCGCCACCGCUACGCCCGUCAACGCGCCCGUGAAGGAUUCCAAGGGCAACACCGCGGGCCCCCACUCGGCAGAGAAGCUGGAGCAGAACAGGCGCGAGCUGGGCCUUGUGCCCGACAGCUACCGGCCCGACGAGAAGGAUGUCAAGGGGUAGAGCGUAGCGAGUGCGAACUGUCUCAAGGCAGCUACGACAGGCGUUAGAAGUGGCUGUGAGAGAUUGAGAGGGACUGAGCGGGGGUAAAGGACUACGGAACGAGAAGACUAGACACCAAAGGAGCGAAGAGCGCACAUUGGAAGGAAAGACACGAUUUGAGUUGUUGGAGUGUAUUAUAUCGCAUUGCAUAUCACUGCAUCUAAAAGGCGGGCUGGUGUUGUAGGAGGUUACGUGCUCGAUAUGGAUAUGUACAACACCCUGUUCCGAAUACCACACACACAACAAACAAAUACACAACAAACACAACAAACACAUACACGGCC